AUGGAUAAAGAAGACAGUAUUCGCUUAAUACAACUUUACGGAAGCUUCAAAAUGUUAUGGGAUUCGAAAGAUCCAGAUCAUUUAAAUAAAAGCAAGCGAGAAGAUUGCUGGAGGAAGAUCUCUAAGGAAAUGAAGUUACCUAUACCCGAGUUGAAAAAGAAACUUGACUCAUUGACAGGUUCAUACCGACGCGAAAAGUCAAAACAGAGAAAAAGUAAUAUCACUGGUUCAGGUAAGGAUUCUUUUAUUUAA